CAACAUGGCUGCUAUUCUUGGAGAAGACGAAAUGACAGGAGAAGAUGUGUUACAGGAAAUGAUCGGAGACGGCACUGACCCGACGCUUCACAUUCCGGGGCGUGUUGGCACACCGCUCUCACUAUUCCGCGCCUUUCUUCUGGAAAAAGACGUACACCCGACCGUGGAGACGACUUACUCUUCAGAAGAACUUGACGGUUUGUUGACAAGAUUCUACACGGAGAUGAAGAGAGUGGGCGGGCAACAUUAUGCUGACGGAACCGUGAGUUCUAUCCGAUCCUGUCUGCAAAAACAUUUCCUGAGACUUAGAAACGAAGAUAUUAUCCAAGACGAAAAAUAUUCCACUUCCAAUAAAAUGUAUGAAAAGAUCGUAAGUCAAUCGAGAAAGAGAGAGAUGAGAAAUCCUAAAGAGAAAGUUCCUAUUCAGGCUAUUGAACCUGAUGAUGUAGACAAACUCUACAACACGGUGUUCUCGACAGAUUCCCCGAGAAUGCUCCAACAAAAGACUUUGUUUGAGUAUAUUUACUAUUUCUGUCACAGAGGCCUGAAACACUUAAGGUGCAUACAAAAAGAGGAUUUCGCGUUCCACAGGGAUGCCUCGGGCAGGGAAUAUGUGACCGUUAGAGAGAAGAAUGAUAAACCCGGGAAAAUACUGAUGCAGCCAGUCAGAAUGUACGAGCGACCUGGUGAUCCCAUGUGCCCAGUGGCGUCUUUGAAGAAAUAUUUGAUGAAAUUGAGCCCAGAAAACCCAUUCUUUUGGCAGCGACCCAGAAAAAUAUGCUACCACUCUGAUGCUGUUUGGUAUAAAAAUUCAGCACUGGGUAAAAAUGCACUGUCUGCACUAAUGAUGAACCUGAGCAUAGAAGCUAGCCUAAGUAAGAGGUACAGUAAUAGUAAUAUAAGGGCGAGCAACAUCCCAAGACUGGACAACCAAUCAUGGGAGGCUUCUGUUACACCAACAGUCAUUGGUUGUGAAACUGACCAAUCAGCUCACAGGUCACCAUAUCCUGAUUGCCAAGACUAUUUUGUAAUUAGUGUUGAGAGAGAUCCCCCUUACGAGACUGAUCCUGGUCACCAAGACUCUUGUGAAAAUUGUGAUAAUGAGAGAGAUACAUGUACCCCUAUUGAGACUGAUCUUGGUCAGCAGGAAUCUUGUAGUGAUAAUAAGACAGAUACAACUAGAAGGAACAAAUAUAGAAAUGUUUUGUUUGGAGCAGCAGCGAAUGCCUGGAAGCAGCUGAUUGGACGAUUUGACUGGCUCCAUGACAGUGAGAUAGCCCAACAUUUGAUUCAGGUGCAUGAAGUUCAUUGUAUGAGCAAGGGCAUAUGUCCUCUGGUAAGACCACCUGACACACAGAACUCUGAACUCAUGAAGAGAACAAGGAAGUCAGGUGAGGUUCCGAUAUUAGAAUUGAAAGAAGAGGAGGAGGACAUUUCUCUGCAGUAUGAGGUUGAAGAGGCUGAUUCUGUUGAUGAGGACUCCAGUGAUGAGAGUGACCUUGAGAUGGGAGAGGUCAGUGACCUUGAGAUGGGAGAGGAAAUUGCAUUAAAAGAUGAACCCGUAUACUCCAUGGAUAACGCCCCACCAAAUCCUGGAUCCACCCAGCAAGCAGAUAACAGCGUCUCUCAUAGAAACCAGGAAGCAGCGAUUUCAUGGGGAGCUAACCCUUUCCAAGCAUCUACAGUAGUAAAUCCAAACUCUGCUGAAAAUUACUCAAAUACAGAGAAUUCUACAGUGACAAAUAUGACCUCCAGUUCUUUAUACAAACCCACAGGAGUGAAACAAGAACCUUUUGAUAACUUUACAGUGAAUAAUACAGGGACAAAUGACCUCAUUAUGAGAAGUGCAUUUACGUCUCCAAAUGUUUAUGAAAGUUCCUCAACUCAUUUUGCGAACGCUGUGGGUAUUCCUGAAGUGAUAGGGCAAAAAGCUGCAAACAAAGAGACUAGAAUCAACGUGGCUCAAAAACCAUUAAUUGCAGCAAUGCUAACAAACUUUGGUACAGUAGAAGCAAGUCAAGUUCAAAGGUCACAACCUCUUGGAUUGAACUCUGCACAUUGCAUAAAUAAUGUAGUUCCACAGAAUGACCUUUUGACCUCAGGGCAAAGAGGAAGUACAUGGAACAUAAAAAGGGAGAACACUCCAAACUCUGUUGUAGUCCAUUCUCAGGAUCCUGAGUUAUUCCAACCAGUGUCUGUCUCGGCUGUAGGAGUACACCAAAUUUCACCCGAGGCAGAUGAAGGAGGACAACAAAUUUCACCCGAGGCAGAUGUACGAGGACAACAAAUUUCACCCGAGUCAGAUGUACGAGGACAACAAAUUUCACCCGAGGCAUAUGUACGAGGACACCAAAUUUCACCCGAGGCAGAUGAAGGAGGACAACAAAUUUCACCCGAGGCAGAUGUACGAGGACAACAAAUUUCACCCGAGGCAUAUGUACGAGGACAACAAAUUUCACCCGAGGCAGAUGAAGGAGGACAGCAGACAGGUGGAAAGAAAUCCCGAAAUAAGAAGCGUAAAAGACUACAGGGCCCAUACAUGCUGUGGGUUAACACUAACAGAGAUAAGAUUAUGAAGCAUUACCCUGAACUAGACUUCCAAGGUUUUGGUCGAUUAGCUGACCAUUAA